AAUUGUGCGUAAACUAUAGUCCUGACUGCGCAAAUGCUGUUGCGUUUGAUGCUCCUGACGCUCCAUACGCGCAGUGACGCAUUAUUGGCUCCGCCCACAAUGCAACGCAGACCAGGGAACCUCCAAGACAAGAGGAGCAAAAGCUCUACUAAAUUAAACUGACAUUACGCCGAGGAUUAUUUUACUCUGAGGACACCGAUUCAGCGGCCCGUUUUGACUCGAGAUUUUUUCAAGAAGACGAAAUUCGACAGCGAUCCUGAGAGCCAUUGUCCUCGUCGGGGAAAAAGCGACGCCCUCAGGCCGCCGCUGGUACUGCAGGUGCCGGUGAGUUGUAAGUGAGACGCCGGGAGUCUGAAUAAUUUAACGGUGGAAAAUGAGCUCAGAGGAGGCGGCAGCUCCAACUAAAACCGGCACAGAUGACGAUGGCAUGUCCUGGUGGUACCGCUGGAUCUGCAAACUGGCCGGUGUCUUGGGUGGCAUAUCAUGUGCAUCCAUGGGCAUCUGGAACUGCGUGACUGUGAAUCCGUUAAACAUCGCGGCUGGAGUUUGGAUGGUGCUGACGGCGUUUGUGUUGUUCCUGUGUGAGGUGCCCUUCUGCUGUCAGUUCGUUGAGUUUGCGAAUGCUAUUGCGGCGCGUGCAGACCGUCUGAAGCCCUGGCAGAAAGCACUGUUUUACUGUGGGAUGGCGCUGUUUCCCGUCUUUCUGAGUUUUUCCAUCACAACUCUGUUUGGUAACGCCAUCGCUUUUGCUUCAGGAGUGCUGUACGGACUCGCAUCCCUUGGAAAGAAAGGUGAAGCGGUGAGCUACGCUAGAUUGCAGCACCAAAAACAGGGCGACGAAGAGAAACUGACAGGAACGACAGACGGUUCAGUGCCGUGAAGCUCGUCUCUUCACCUCCUCUACCUCCGUUGCGUCCUUUCCCUCUCUUUUCCCUUUCACGUGACUAGACGCUUUACCUGUCACAGUUUGUUGGGAUGUAUUUAAGCUAACCUUUGACCUCUGACAGCGUGAGUCAGUCAGGACAAAUCAGUUCUCUGGUUGUUUGUGUAGGAUUUAUUUAAUAAAAUGGGUUUUAAGUGAAUUGUUUCAAUUGCACUCUCAUGCACUUUUUUUUUUUUUUUUUUUAAGUAUUUAUUUUAUUUUCAUCCUUCUUUAUAAAAACUGACGUAUUUUAUGUUUCACUUUACUAAACCCAAAGCUGGAGUGCAAAUUAACUUCAGCGACCGUCUCCGUCUCUCGUAACAAACCACCUCAACACCAGCGCAGGGAACUGGAAUUUUUGGCCAUUGGGAUUUUCUCCCAGAAUUCUUUGUUCCGAAACAUUUGUGACAAGUAAAUCUUUUAAAAGAACAAACAAACUUGUAUUUUAAUGUGUAGGCAUGGUAAAAAAAAAAAAGGUGUUUCAGCGAUUUCAGGCCCUCUGCAGGGAUUAAAACAAAGUGUGUUUGUGCGUUUUUGUACCUCUAACAGGCCUUUACCCAGAAUCCUUUGCUGUAGCAUGUUUGGUGUUCAUAAGAAACGGUGGAAUGUAAUUUUGCUAUGCGCUGCUUUAAAAUCUCGCAGUCACUUCCUUUAAUUGAUAUUUGGUGAAAGAGUGUCUUUGAGAGUCUGAUCUGCGCUCGUUAAUCAGGUCGGACGCCGUAUUAAAUUUAACACGGAUGAAAACAAGGCUGUGAGGGACAGACUUACACUCUUUACAACGGCAAGCACUGUAUAAAGGUCCUAAAUCACGAACGUUUUUGUGUAAAGAUGUUUCAUCAGCUGAACAAUCGGUUUGUUGCUAAACAGCAGUAAAAUCUAUUGAACGCUGUAAUUAAAGGAGUAGUUAACUUCCAGAACAAAAAUGUACAGAUAAUGUACUCACCCCCUUGU